GUACAAAUCGAUCUGAAGGACUCUCAAACAGUAUUAUGGAUGUUUGAUGAACAUUUUAUUUCGCUUCUUAUAAUUGUUACACUAUCAAAUCCUCAUCCUCGAUUUGUUUUUUAUUACCACCUCCUUUUUAAUCAAAUAAUGUUAUUUCAAUCCAUAAAUAAUAUUUUAUGACAGGUACAAAGUAUACUGCAGAUAAUGCCAUUGCAAAGGAAUAAAAAUAUGAAAUGUCUUGCAAUUCAAAUAUAUUCUUUCCAAAAUCAUUUGUGAGAAAUUUAAGCUGAAAAAUAAAUGUAAAAGGAAAGAAAUCUCUAUCAAAAUGGAAAGUACGAGAACGAGAAAAGAAGUGUAACCGUGUUCACACUCUAGAAUAGAAGGUGGGGAAUCAGCAAUGACGUCAUACUUGAAACAAUUGUGGCUCUGUUUGCAAUACAGCUACGCGAGAAGCCACUAUAAAAGCAAGCAGUCGAGUCCUCCAAGAAAGUAAACCAUCAACACCUCGAACUAAGAAGUCAAUCUCAGAGAAGAAAACGAUGAGUGCCGAAGGAAAUGGUGGAGCGAUGGCAACGAACAAGCAGGUCAUACUAAGAGACUACGUGAGUGGUUUCCCUAAGGAGUCUGAUUUUGAGAUCACUACCACCAACUUCGAGCUUAGGCUUCCGGAGGGGUCUAACUCGGUUCUGGUGAAGAAUCUCUACCUGUCAUGUGAUCCUUACAUGAGGAGUCGCAUGGGGAAGCCUUCUGCUUUUGCUCUUGCUCAAGCUUUCACUCCCGGCAAGCCGAUCUUAGGGUUUGGAGUGUCUAGAGUGAUAGAGUCUGGUCAUCCAGAUUACAAACAAGGCGACCUGCUUUGGGGAAUAGUUGGAUGGGAGGAGUACAGUGUUGUUACUCCUGAAAUGCAUUUCAAGAUCCAUGACACAGAUGUUCCAUUAUCCUACUACACUGGACUUCUCGGUAUGCCCGGUAUGACUGCCUAUGCUGGAUUUCAUGAAGUAUGUUCACCUAAGAAAGGAGAGACCGUCUAUGUAUCGGCUGCUUCUGGUGCGGUUGGCCAGCUCGUGGGACAGUUUGCUAAAAUGAUGGGUUGUUAUGUUGUUGGAAGUGCUGGAAGUACAGAAAAGGUUGAUCUCCUCAAAAACAAGUUUGGGUUUGAUGAUGCAUUUAACUACAAGGACGAAGGAGACCUUAGUGCUGCCCUAAAAAGGUGUUUUCCCAAAGGCAUUGACAUAUACUUUGAGAACGUAGGAGGCAAAAUGCUAGACGCGGUGCUCUUGAACAUGAACAUGCACGGUCGUAUUGCUGUAUGUGGAAUGAUCUCACAGUACAAUCUUGAGGACCAAGAAGGUGUACACAAUCUAACCAGCAUAAUCUACAAAAGAAUCCGCAUUCAAGGCUUUGUAGUCUUUGAUUUCUUCGACAAGUACUCAAAGUUUCUGGAGUUUGUGAUUCCUUGCAUCAAAGAAGAGAAGAUAGCGUACGUGGAAGAUGUAGCUGAAGGACUCGAGAAAGGUCCUGAAGCUCUUGUGGGACUGUUCUAUGGUAAGAACGUUGGGAAGCAAGUUGUUGUGGUUGCUCGUGAGUGAAAAGAAAGAUUUUAAUUUAAUAAUGAUGUGUUUUUGGGUAACUAAGAAUAUGUAUCCAUACAAAGACAGCUUCUCUUCUUCCCCUUUAUUGUUCCCAAUAAAUUAAGUAAUUGAAUUGGUUUGGUAUGGUUUGGAA